CAAAUGGUUAAAAUUAACCAGGGAGAGGGAAAGGUAGAGUGCCGAAUUCGGUUCCUGAAUUACAUUAAAGAGCGUGGAUUGAAUUUGUAGAGCGCGCGAGAGAGAUCAUCAAUGGCGGAUGUAGAUAAGCCGCUGAGAAAAAUAGCAGAUGCAUUCAGGGAACUCGCAGAGACGGUGAACUCAGAAACCGUUGACGUGGAGGUGGCGCGGUUCUCCCGCGCCUGCUCGCUCGUUUCUCCCCUCUUUGGUUGUCUUGGCAUCGCCUUCAAGUUCGCUGAGAUGGAUUACGUCGCUAAGGUUGAUGAUCUUGCAGAGGCGUCGAAGUCAAUUACGACAUUGCAAGCGAUGGUUGAUCAAGAUGUAGAGCGGAAUUGUGUGAGGAAAGGAGGAAGUCAUACCAGAAACCUCUUGAGAGUGAAGCGUGGGCUUGACAUGGUUAGGGUACUGUUUGAGCAGAUUUUAGCUACAGGGGGAAACUCAUUACGAGAUCCAGCUUCAAAGGCCUAUGCACAGGUUUUUGCACCACAUCAUGGAUGGGCUAUCAGGACAGCUGUUGCUGCAGGGAUGUAUGCUCUUCCUACAAGAGCACAGCUAUUGAGGAAGCUUAAUGAAGACGGUUCUAACUGAAACCUGUUAAAUAUUGAGCACAAUAUGAUCUAGAUUCUAUAAUUUGUUUGAAUUAAGCAUUUAUGGAAUCAGGCUUGUGCUUAUGUUGAAUAUUCCUGUUUUCCCUUGAUGGAGCAAGGUUCCCAUCAACACUGCUCUAAGAUUGGAUGUAAAAGCUAGUGUUUGAAAACCAUAAUUUGACUUUGCAGUGGUCUAAACGUGGCUUAGCACCACCCCUACCUAUGGCAUCAUCCAUGGUUAAAACCAUGACCUAUCAUUUUUGGAUUAAGCUUCAUUGGGAUUUAGGGUGUGCUUAUGUGGAAUAAAGUAAUUUCCCUCUUCCCCUACAAAUGAGCUGGGUUCGCAUCAAACAUGUUGCUUUAGAUCAGAUCAGUCAAAAUGGCUGGAGCUUGAAAGCCAUAAUAUAAUUUUGUGCUGGUCAAAAAGUGGCUUGUCCCUCCCUCCUUUUGGCAUUAGCUUUGCUUUCCUUGUAAAGGAAAGUAAUGAACUGGGCUUUUUCAUUUUCAUAUUUAAGUUAAUAUUAAUGUUAUUGUUCCUCAUGUUUCCUGCAGAGGCCUCAGCAAGGAAUCAAAUGCAAAGUUAUGUUGUUGCAUCAGGUCCAGUUAUUCUUUACAUUGAGAAGCUUUUCACUUCAAGAAAUUUGGGAACGGAUUGGUAAAAGGACAGUUAUAGAGACCCCAUUUAUCAACCUAUAGAUCUAUUUAUUGUGAUAACACCUUAGCUGAAGGAUAGUUACGUCUGUUUUCCUCUUCUGCGUCUUCCCUUUUGCUGAACUUGUGCCUCUCCUAGUCCAGUUGAAUACUAUUUUUUUUCCCUUUUUUGAUGAGCAAGCUAGUUGAAUGUUGAAAAUAAACUUGAUUGUUACUGUCGUAAUGUGAAUGUCUGAAUGAUGCUAUAUUUUGAAUUUUGCUGCCACUAUUUUUUCUUUAUUCUGCUAAACACAAUUAAAAUUUUAAUUGCGUA